GGGGGGGGGGGGAGCAGGAGCAUGGGGGAGGCUUUAGCUCACACAAUAGCUCCGACUCAAGCAAAUAUUAUCAGUAAAACUGAAAUUAUCAUAUCCUAACAAAACAGAAGACAUUUGUGUACUGGUCGUUAAUUCACUUAUUAUAAUUUACGAGCACCCAAAGUAUGAUUUUUAAAAUAAUAAUAAAAAAAUAAAAAUAAAUAAAAACAAAUAGCAAACAUACAACAACAACAACAACAAAACACAACUGAAGUGAAGUUUGAUCACCAGUUUCAAUAACGGGUACGUGUGUCCCUGAAAACCAACAUUCAUUUUCUUUCAUAAAUUGUUAUUUCAAGUAAUUGUAGGCCUAUAUAAUACCGUGAUAUUUACUGCUCUAUCUUUGAAAACUAAUUACUGAAUCUGUGUGGCAGUAGCGGGUUUCUUCUCUUAUUGGUUGACUGGUAUGUUUGUAAUUACCAGAUGCUAGUCUCCCACGGGGCGCCGACUACCCCUAUACUGUAACACUACUGUGCGGUGUCGUUCAAGAAAUCAUUCCGUGUACGUUCCAAUCCAAUUGAUGGAGCAAACACGCUUACCAAUAGGAUCAUUGACAUGGCCCUUUGAGUAAUUCGAUUAUUUGUUAUCUGUGAGAAACCCAGAGCAUGCUUAUCGACUCAGUGUCGUGCUUCCUGUAUAUUUAAUCCACCAUCACCACAAAAGAACGCCACUCAUUACCGCAUCAGAUGCAUUGUAGCCGAUUGUCGUUGCAGGAUGUAUCUCUCAGUAAAUCUUAAGAUCACUUGUUUUCUUCUCCUACAAAUAACACUUUCAAGAUGUCAGCUAAGUUCAGACGUACAACAGGUCUAUAUGGAUAUUGUAGAGACGAAUAACCCGAGAAUCAGACCUGUUCAGCAACAAACAACAACAACCAAAGUUUAUAUGAAAUAUUUCCUCUCGUCCAUAAACGGGUACGCCGAGUCAUCCCAGACACUGAAGACUUCCGGUUACUUAGAACUAGUCUGGCAAGAUGAAUUCCUGACGUGGAAUGCCAGUCUUUACGGCGGAGCGUACCAUAUUAAACCAGAUCUAAAAAACAUAUGGAGACCUUCCAUAUCUGUCAAGAAUGCUGUGGACUUUAAAGAGAUUUUCUCUCCAGAAUAUAGCGUGAAUGUAUACAAUACUGGGAUGGUCGUCUGGUAUCCUGGAGAUGACAUUGAAACCUACUGCAGUAUGGACGUGACCAUGUUCCCAUUUGAUACUCAGACGUGCAGAAUAGAAUUCUUCAUAUCGUCUGAUGCUGCCGCUGCGGUAGAUUUGUAUCCUCGAAUUGACUCCAUCGCGCUGGAUGCAUUCAAAAAAAGCAACGAAUGGGAGUUGGUGAACACAACAGCUGUCCGCGAAAUACGUCUAUAUUCAAACUUUGAAUUUUCCUUUGUGGUGGUGUCUAUGACUCUGGACAGGAAGACGUCUGGUUUGAUCCUCAGUGUUUUGCUCUCUGUCUUCAUCCAGGCUUUUCUGAACAUCUUCGUCUUUGUCGUGUCUGCAGAAUCGGGAGAGAAAAUAUCCUUCUCCAUAACAGGUCUUCUCACGUACACGGUUCUGCUGAGUUUCGUCACCGAGGAGUUGCCAAAGACUGCGGAUACGACGUCCAUACUUGCCGUGUUCGUUGGAGCCAUGACCGGUCUGAACGCCAUCUAUGUGUUUUUGGCGAUUAUCUCCCUUCGCUUAUUCCACCGAGAUGCCAGCGUUCACCCUGUGCCGACGUGGUGCGUACGUUUAGUUUUGUUUUUUCAGUGGCGUGUAAAAACUGAUACUAAACUGGAUGAAACCACGGAAACCUCUUGGCAGAAGAGUCUGACGUCACCACUAAAGUGGAAGCAUGUCAGCAGGACACUGGAUAACAUUUGUUUCUGCGUGUUCAUUUUAGGCUUGUUGACGACAGUGUGCGUAUUAUUUGGACGAUAUAUGUAAAAUUUACUCCAGGCUUGGUGCUUAUAAAACGUUUAGAGUCUAGA